GAAAGUACAGUUAGACAGCACGUUUGGCAGGGCCGGGUGAAGCUGCGUUGUGAGCGCCAGGGAGACGGAAAGUGCUAAAAUAUGGCAUUCAAAUAAGUUACUUUGACGGUGUUUUCGGCUGGAUAUAAUAUAUCCAUCAUGUGGAUCAUUUUUGUGUUGUUUUUGUGUGUUUUUGAGACGGCCAGCUCCGGAACCCACACCCUGAGGUACAUCUACACGGCCAUGUCCAAACCUCAGGAGGGGUUUCCUGAAUUCACAGCCAUGGGUCUGCUGGAUGACAUGCAGAUUGAUUACUACGACAGCGUCAAUCAGAAGAAAGAGUCCAAGCAGACCUGGAUGAAGGAAAACAUGGCUCCGGAUUACUGGGAGAAAGGAACGAAGUCUCGCAAGAGCAAGGAGCAGUGGUUCAAAGUCAACGUCAGGAUUCUGGAGAAAAGGUUCAAUGAAACAAAAAGACCACACGUUCUGCAGUGGAUGCACGGCUGUACGCUGGACGAGGACAACAAUGAAGAGGUUCAGGGGUACGACCAGUACAGCUACGAUGGGAAUGACUUCCUGGCCUUCGACAAGAAUCACCUGCAGUGGGUGGCCCCCAUGCAGCCAGCCAUCGCGACCAAACGAAAAUGGGACGGCGAGAAAAUUCUGAACCAGUACACCAAGGGCUACCUGGAGAACGAGUGCAUCAACUGGCUUAAGAUGUUCCUGCGCUACGGAGAAAGGGAUAUCUAUCGCUCUGUCAAGCCUGCAGUAACAGUUUUUGCGAAGCCAGACAAAGAUAAAAAUAACCUAACUCUCACCUGCAUGGCUACGGGCUUCUACCCCAAGACAAUCCACAUUCACUGGAACAAGGACAAGCAGAGGCUGGGUGAGGAGAUGAAUUCCACUUGGGCCCUGCCUAACAACGACAACACCUUCCAGCUGAGAUCGAGUUUGGAGAUCGACCCAGUGGAGGGCAAGGGAUACUCCUGUGAAGUGCUGCACGGCAGCUUACCAGAACCGCUCUUUACACACUGGGAUGGAGUCGUGCCUGGGGAGGGGACCUCGAAUGGGAUUGUGAUUGUGAUUGUGAUUGUGAUUGUGAUUCUGAUUGGUCUUGCUGCUGCAGGGAUCGGUUUCAUUAUCUACAAGAAGACAUGUGAUCCUUACCGUCACCCUUGACCCCUCCCUCUUACUCUCAGCACAUCUCUACUCUGGUACGCACCUGUCGCUUCUUCAUCAGCAACAUACUCAGAAUUCGCCCCUUCCUCAUGACUACCCCACACAGCUCCUAGUUCAGGCCUUGGUACUGUCCUGCCUUGACUACUGCAACUCCCUCCUGGCCGGACUUCCUGCCUCUGCUACCUGUCCACUCCAGCCCAUCCAAAACUCUGUUGCUCACCUUGUCUCCUCCCUUCCACAUUUCUCCCACACCACACCGCUGCUCCACUCUCUGCACUGGCUUCCUAUUGCUGCUCGCAUCCAAUUCAAAACUCUUGUACUCGCCUAUCAUUGUCUUGACCUUUCUGCUCCCUCCUAUCUCUAGACUAUUAUUUCUCCCUACACCCCCUCUCGCCCUCUCUGCUCCUCCACCUCCAGCAGGCGAGCUGUACCCACACCCCCCCCCCCCCCCCCCCCCCACUCCACUCCCCCGCCUCCAGAGCCCGCUCCUUCUCCACCCUGGCCCCUCAGCGGUGGAACGACCUACCCACGAAUAUCAGGACUGCUCAGUUCCAGACCACCUUCCGACGCCUCCUCAAAACACACAUGUUCAGACAACAUCUGGAAACAUCACAACUCUCAACCAUACUGGACUAGAGGCACCCAAUUGUGCCAGUACUUGCAUCCAGCCUGUACUGGCACUGAACUACUCCUUACCUUGCCGCAUCCAACUACUGCUCCUAACUAUAACCACUUCCUGUAUCUUGUAUUUGAUUUUACUUAUAGGUAACCUUACCUACAUUUUUUGUAAUUGCUCUUAUUUGAAAUCAUUCUCAUCCAUUUGUCAUACUUACUACGUGUUCUUACUGGACUUUACUCAUAUAAUAUUUGCUGUAAGUUUUAGCUGCUCUUAGUUGAUCUCGCGCUUACUUAGAAUUAUUUACUGUAUUCUUUAGUUUGCUGUUACUUGAAUUGGAUCUUAUCAUACCUUUAUAACUGCUCUUAUCUGCAUUAUGAUAUUCUGUAAUUUAAUAUUUUAUAAUGUGAUAACUUGUAAUGUGAUAUUUUAUAAUGCGAUGCUUUGUACUUUGAUAUUUUGUAACAAUUGUAAGUCGCCAAGGAUAAGGGUGUCUGGUAAGAAAGAAAUAAAUAAUAAAUAAUAAUUUGAUCAAAAGAAA